AUGUCGUAUAUAACCCAGAGAAGUAGAACGUACGGGAGUUAUUUGAAGCCCAAGGAUUGCCAGGAGCUGGUUCAUGCCAGGAGCGAAGGCCGUCUGAAGAGGUUUGAUUCGUGUACUGACUUAAGGGCCUGGAAUUGCGAUGACAGAGUCAAAUGCAUAUAUUUACUUGAAUAUGUCACUUGCCAGCGAACAUCAACAGACGAUCGAGCCCUUGAAGAUUAUGGACCAGUCGGAGACAGGGAAGCUGUUCCUUCAGCAGUGAAAGGGAAAAAACCCGUUACUGCAGCCGUGGGAGACAGGGAAACUGUAUCGGGAGUUCCUUCAGCGGUGGAGAAAGGGAAGGCAAAACCUACAGAAACUGAAUCUGUGGCCGUUGAAACAGCACCGGCAGCAGCUAGAAAAGAAACUCCAACUGACGAAGCACGGCGGGGUUCACAAAUCUUAGGUCCUGACGGAAAGCCAAUAAAAGGCGCCGAAAUUAUCGCGGGUGCUGAUGAAGAACGUCGACCUGUGCCAAUUGAUGGAGAAAGUAGACCAAUAAAAGAUGCCGUUGUGCUAGGACCUGAUGGGCAGCCGGUUCCAAAGGGCUCUGUUGUUGUAACACCUGAUGGAAAAGCAGUUCGCGAAGCAACGUUGAUUCCAGGGGCCGAUGAACAAAAAAAACCUGUUCCUCUUAAAGAAGAUGGUUUUCCUGUUAGAGAAGGUUCAAUAUUAGGCCCUGAUCUUAAUGUCAUUGAACGCGGAUCGGCCGUGUUGGGGCCCGAUGGAAGACCCAUAAGAGAUUCAUAUUUGGUUACUGGUGUAGAUGGUAAGCCAGUGCCGGUAGGUCCCGAUCAAAGACCUAUUCCUGAAGCAACGAUACUGGGUCCUGAGGGAACACUAGUGGAUAGAGGUACAGCUGUAGUCGGACCUACAGGUAAAAUAAUAAAAGAUUCGUCAGUUCAAACUGGCGGUGAUGGGGCACCUGUACCAAUUGGGGGUCAUGGUAAACCUAUACCUGGAGCGGAAAUACUAGGUCCAGAUAGUAAAACAAUUCAAAAAGGCUCUCCAGUAUUGAAGCCUGACGGAAUGCCAAUACCUGGUUCAGUGAUAAUUAAAGGAGCGGACGAUAGACCAGUUGCUCUUGAUGUCGAAGGCUUACCAAUACAAGAUGCAAUAGUACAAGAACCUGGUGGCAGAACACUUCCGAAGGGUUCCGUAGUGGUUGGUGCUGAUGGAAAACCAAUUAAAGACGCUUCAGUUAUUAAAGGUGCAGAUGGAAAACCUAUACCUGUCAGCGCUGAUGGAAAGCCGUUGAAAGAUGUUGAAGUUCAAACACCAUAUGGAAUCUCCGCUGAUAAAGGUACUAUGGUUCCAGACUCUGAAGGCAAACCUAUAAAGGAAGCGGUUUUGAAAUAUGGACCUGAUGGUAAACCAAUAGUACUUGGGCCUGAUGGAAAACCUUUGUCUGAUGCAACUCCACGCACUCCUGAUGGUCAGCCAGUUACAGUUGGUCCAUCAGUUGUAGGGCCUGAUGGAAAAUCGGUUCCAGGAGCAUCUGUGGUUAUGGGUAUCGAAGGCAAGCCUGUGCCGAUAUCUGAAGACGGUAAACCAAUUCCUUCAGCUGCUGUAGUUGCACCUGAUGGUAAAAAGAUUGAAAGAGGUUCAGUUGUAUUAGGCCCCGAAGGUAAAGUUAUUCCUGGUGCGACAGUGGAAAAAGGCGCUGACGGUAAACCGGUGCCUGUUACUCACGAUGGCAAAUUAAUUCGAGGUUCUGUUAUAGAAGGCCCUGAUGGACAAGCUGUUAAAAAAGGUUCUGCUGUGAUCGAUAGAGAAGGUAAACCAAUCAAAGAUGCCUUAUUGAUAAAAGGCGCAGACGGAAAACCUGUUCCUGUAACACCCGAUGGCACUUUAAUACAGAAAAGUCCAAUUAUUGGACCGGAUGAUCGAGAAAUUGAACCCGGUUCAGUAAUUGUUGCUGGGGAUGGAAAACCAAUUAUAGCAUCUUCUAUAGUAUAUGGUCCAGACAAAAAACCAAUACCCGUUGGACCCGAUGCCAAACCUAUUCCGACAAAGGGAAUACCACAGCCGCAAAUGCUAGAUUCAGAAGGAAAGCGAAUAGAAGGACUUGCCAGUAUUACACUGCCACAAGGUAUAAGAGAGUCAGAAGUAUCACUAGAAAUUGGCCCGGAUAAAAAGCCUAUUGUAGUGUCUGCUGAUGGUAAGCCUGUUAUAGGUGCAAGGGUAUCAGGAGCGGAUGGAAAACCGAUUGAACCUGGUUCUAUAGUUGUAGGAGCAGAUGGCAAAGUGGUUACUGGAUCAUCUAUUUUAUUUAAACCUGAUGGGACUGCUGUUCCGAUUAAAGAUGCAGAUGGUAAAAAAAUACCUGGUUCUUCAUUUAUUAUGGGUGCUGAUGGGAAACCUGUUGCAGUGGGACCUGAUGGUAGACCUAUUAAAGGAGCAGUUUUAGAGGGACCUGAUGGUAAAGCUAUUGAAAGAGGUUCUUUAUUAUUAGGUGCAGAUGGAAAACCAGCAGAAGGUGUAUCACUAGCAUAUAGCAUUUUUGAUGGGCAACCAGUUAUCGUUGCAGGAGAAGAACAACCGGUACCAGGUGCAGUUAUUCAAGACGGUUUUGGUAUUCCCGAGGUGGGAGUUCCAUCAGUCCCUACAAAAGAGACCAAACUAGAAGCUGGUAAAAUAAAACCGGUGUCAAAAGAACCUUGUAAACCUUUUACUCCUGGAGAAUCUGUGACCGAAUGCUUAUGUCACACGGAUCCGGAAAUUCAAAUCGCCUGUUUAGCUAGUAAGCUAAAUGAAACCGAAGAAUACCUGAAAGAUGCAUUAAAUAAACUUCAAAACAUCAAUGCUGUUUUGGAUGAAAAUGAUCAGCUUCGUACGCAAUUAGUAUCAUCUGAAUUAGAAUUAAAAACUUUGAGAGAACAACAAGAAUUAUUUCACAAAAGAGUAGCUUGUAUUCCAUCGGAACUAGAUAGGUUAGAAGAGAUGCUUUAUAUGGAAGAUUUAACUCCAGACGAACAAAUUUGUAUUUAUAAGAAGGAAAUAUCUCAUUUGAAAAGAUGUUGUGUAAAUGUCGCGCAAUGUGUUAAUGAAAAUAGGACUUUAAGAGCUCAAUUAGAUGCUCUACAUGAAGCCGAAUCUGACCAAGAACUUCUGAUGAUUUGUGAUAAUCCUGCAUGUAUAAAUGACGUGUCCACUCUACAGGAAAUCGUGCAAAGUCUUAGGUGUACUGUAAAAUCCCUUUUACCAAUAAAGGAAGAAAGAGAUUCUUUGGAACUUGAAGUUCAAAGAUUGCACGCUCGGUUACGCGAACUUGACGAUAAUUAUAAUGAUAAAGUUCAAAAUUUGGAACGGCGUUCACAAAUUUUAGAUAAUGUGAUGGGUGAGUGUGAAGAUUUACGAGCGCAACUAGAUCGUUAUGAUGGAAUGGAUGAUACUAUUAGAUUGCUUAUAGAACGUGCUCAAGAAUCCGAUGCACUUAGGGAACAAUUGGAACAAGCGAAAAAAUGUUGUGAAAAAUGUAAAUGCACAAUGCAAGAUAUGGAGGAGGAAAAUGAGAGUAUGUGCCACGCGUUGGACAAGAUCGCCGGCGAGCGAGAUGUAUUAAUGCGUAAGCUAGAAACCAGCCAUUCAAUAGAAGACGAGCUAGAAUGUUUGCGAUGCGAAGCGGAAGAACGAGAGCAUCAUAUUCAAUGCUUGCAACUUGAAUGUGAAGCUUAUCGUGAUAAACUUGAAGAAAUGUGUGCAAGGGAUCGAGCACUUCAAACUCAAAUAGAAUUGCUACAGGGUCGGAGCGGAGAUUGUAUUGCUUUAAAAAAUCGUUUGCGAGACGCUGAACUUGCUAUUUCAGACCAGGAGGAAGAGAUUGAUAGGCUUCUAGUGAAAAUACAAAAACUCGCCGGCGAUCAGGAUCGUCAAUCUAUCAUCAUCUCUGAAUUAAGAUCGGAACUGCAAGAUGAAAAUGACUUACUAUCUGAAUGUCAACAAGAGUUGGAAAAUAUGGUAUCACUUAAAGAAGAUAUGGAUAGUAUUAAAAGUGAUUUAGAGUCAACAAUAGAUAAGGUAGCUGAAGAAAAACAAAGUUUGCUCGACGAAUUACAAUGUACUCAAUCAGAACUUAGCAAUAAAUCUAUUGAAGUAAAUAAAAUAAAUAGGCAGCUAAAGCAGUUAACGUGCGGUCAAAUGAAUUCUACCGAGGAUGAGAAUGACAAAGAGAAAUGUGUUAGGAAAUUACUAUCUUAUCAAGCAGAAAUUGAAAGAUUGAAUGAAGAAAUUGGAAGAAUGCGGAGGGCUUAUGCUGGUUUAGUAUCAACAGCUGAUUCUUCAAAUUUGGAUGAUUAUGAAAAUAAUAUGGAUCCUUGUAAAAAUGACGCUGAAAAAACUAUGUUUGAUAAAUUACAGUUACGAGCCCAUGAUAAAAACGAUGAAAAAUCAACCAAGAUUACAAACCUAUUAAGCGAUUUAAAGGGCGAUCGCCAAAAGUGCCUACAGGAAGCUGAACGCUUAAAAACUAAAUGUACCAAAAUUUUAGAUUCAUUGGAUCCAGAAGAAAACGGAAGUAAGCGAACGGAAGAUAUCUGUGGUUCCAGAUCACAGUCUGCUAAUAAAUCAAUUGCAAAUAGCAAAGAGUGUGUAUGCCGUCAAAAUGUUAAAAAAUAUCUAGAACGUUAUAAUUCGGCAAAGAGUACGAAGAAGACCAAAAGUGAAUGUCAGUGUUAUUUAAGACGCAGUGCUUCGGCAGAUCCUUCAACCUGUACGAGAGUUUUAUUAGAUAAGAAAACAUCAAAUAUAGAUAAUUCAUUAUGUACUUCCUGUGGUUACAAUAGUAAGAAACAGCAAACAGUUGUUAUUGUAAGAAAAGGCAUCUCUGCAUCAAAAUCAUUAAAUGAUUGUAGAUCUUCUCGUGGUGGUCUAGGAAAUGCGUGUACAGUAGGUGAUCAUAAAGCACAAGACCAACCAACUUGUGACUGUACAGUAAAACAUGUGAAACAUAUGUUGGAUGAAACUAAUGAAGCUCUGGUCGCUGUUAUAACGGAAGUUAAAAAAAUUCCCAAAAGCUUAUCUAAAGUAAAAGAGUUUUCUAAAGAAAAUACCGAAAUGGAUUUCAUAGGUGGAGAUGAGGGCAAACCAGGUUUAGGUGAACAUGAAUGCGCCAGAAUUAAAGAUCUUACAGACAGGUUGAAAAUGCAAUAUUCUAAUAAUAAACAAUUAAAAGAACAAUUGGAAGUAAUGAGAAAAGCUGCCGAAGGAGAUAAUUGCCAGCAAAUGCUUAAUGAUUUACUUGCUCAAAAAAAACUAUUAGAAGAAGAAUUAUCUAAAUAUCGACCGAUGCCCGGACAACAAACUGGAGUACAAAUACGGCCUGAAUCUCAAGAUAUAGGAUUGCAGGAGCAGGUUCCUGUAUCGCAAGAUCAAACACAAACUGUAGGUGCUAAUGUUGCUGAUCUGAUGCGCCAAUUGCAAGAAUGCCAGGCUAAAUUGCAACAACAGGAACCUAUAGGUGACGAAGAACUAUUACGUCAAUUAAAGGAAUGUCGUGACCAACUCCAGCAGCAAUUAUCUCAAAUCCAAGGUAGGCAGCAGGGACAAGAAAUUCAAAAGACUGAUUUCGGUGCACAGAUUUUACCUACUAGAGAUACUACUGAUAGAGUAACAGCAACUGAUAAUGCUGAUGCUAUCAAUCAAUUAAAUGAAUGUCGUGCUCAGAUUAAGAAUCUACAAAAUGAAAUUGAUCGACUAAAGCAAGAACUUGAAAAUGUACGCAAUGACAACGCAAGAUUAAUGCAAGGUCAACCGGAUCAAAUAGCAGAUCUUAUGAAACAGUUACAAAACUGUCGGGAUGAAUUACAAAAGCAACUAUCAAAACUGCAGGAUACUCAAACUCAAACUCAAACGGAAUCGCCGGAAAUUGCAAAUUUGAUGCGACAAUUACAGGAAUGCCGUGACAAACUUGCAAAACAAUUACAAUCUGAAGCUGAUAUGGCUUUACUUAAACAACAAUUGGAAGAAUGUCGUGGUCAGCUGCAUAAACAAUUAUCUCAAAUACAUGCAGAAACCCAAUCUGCUGCUCCUGGCGCAGAUACCGAUCUGUUGCGUCAAUUAGAAGAGUGUAGAGCUCAAUUACAGAAGCAAGCCUCACUUAUGCAAGGGCAAACGCCUGCAGAGGGCCAAGCGCUAUCAGAUAAUAUGGAUUUGAAAAAACAAUUAGAAGAAUGCAGAGCUCAAAUUAAAAAACAAGAGGAACAACUAAAGGCUGCAUGUGAUGCCCAAAUUGCACAGUUGAUGAGGCAAUUAGAAGAAUGCCGAGCACAGUUGCAACAGCAAGUUUCUCAAUUACAGCAACAAGUCUCUGGACCUUCCGGUCAGGAAGUAGCACUGCAAAAAGAUGUUUCUAAUUUGAAAACGGAAAUAGAAUCCCUGAAGAAAACUAUAUCAGCUAAAGACGACGAAAUUGAAAAAUUAAAACAGUCUUUGAACACAUGUCAAAAUUCUUUAGAAAAUAAAAAUAAAGAAAUAUCUGCUUUGGAGAGCGAAAUACAACGCUUAAAAUCUGAAUUAAAAAGUUGUCAAGAUUCCGCAGACGAAAAAUCUAGACAAUUAGCAUCUAUGCAAUCCGAAAUGGAAAAAUUAAGAAACGAUGUCAAAGUCGCGCAAGAUCUUGCAAAUGAAAGAGCUCGACAAUUAGAAAAUAUGCAAGCAGAUUUAAAUAAAUCUAAAGAAGAAGCUAGAUCUGCAUUGCAAAAUGCUGGCCAACAAACUAAUGAGCUGUCAAAUCUUCAAUCUGAAAUUGAUAGGCUGAAAAAUGCACUGAAGGCUGCAUUAGAUUCUGCAGAAAUGAAAAAUCGUGAAUUGAUGGAUUGCCAAACACAACUGCAAAGAACUAGACAAGAUUUAGAAGCAACGCAGAAGCAGUUAGCAGCAGCUCAGCAAGAACUCAAUACUGAAAAACAAAAUUUCUUGGCUGCCCAACAAGAAAUAAAUCAGCUCAAAGCAGAUUUGAAAGCUGCUAGAGAUAUGCUCGAAGAACUUAAAAAGCAGAGUUCUGUACUACAAGGUGAUUUGCAAGCCGAAUUAACUAGGCUACGAGCCGAACUAUCAAGCUUACAACAACAACUCAGUGCCAAAGAUCAAAUGUUAAAAGAUCAACAAGCUGCACAUCAAGCAGAAUUAGAUAAGCUGAAUAAAGAUUUACAGGAAACAAAGAACUCUCUAGCCUCUGCUUCUCAGAGAGCUGCUUCAUCCGAAAGCGAUUUACAAGCUGAGUUAAACAGGUUACGUCAAGAAAAUGCUAAUUUGCAAUCACAAUUGAAUGCUAAAACCAACGAACUUGAAAGUCUAAAGCGAGAUAAAGCUGCUCUGGAAGAAACAUUAGAAUCGUGGAAACAAAAAUACGCACAAUUGGAAGUAGGUUGUCAAGGUGACAUAAAAGUAUUAAAAACUGAGAAUGAAGCCCUAAAAGAAGAAUUGCGUAAAUUAAAAGAAGCACUUGCAAAGCAAUCUACGGCCGUUGACGCCACUGAUCAUCUUGAUAAAGAAAGAAAGCAACAAGAAGAUCUUCAAGCAAUCAUAGAUAGUCUUCAAAAAGAGUUGAACGCCUGUAAUAAAAAAUUGAAGGAAGUGCCGUCUGGCCCUUCUGGUAUGGGAGAUCAAAUAAAAUCAUUGACAUCUGAAUUGGAAAAAGCUCAUGCAAGAAUUGAAGAACUUGAAAAAGAAGUAGCACGGUUGAAGCAACAAUUAGCUGAUGCUAAAUCUAGUAAGGACAAAACCUUGGCAGCUAAACUUGUUGAAACGAAAGGCGCGUUAGCUAUUGAAGAAAAUGCCAGUAUAGACAGAAUGCAAGAAAUUAUGUCUUUAACAAAAAAAGUCAAUGAACUUACAAAAGAAAUUGAUAGGCUAAGAAAGGAAAAUAAGAGAUUAGAAGACGAAAACGCUGAUUUGAAAAAGCAACUCUCAGAAGCAUCUAAAAAGGAAGCUAAGUAUACUCCGCCCAAAGUGACGCCGCCUGCUGAAAAAGAUUUUGAUGAUAUUAUCAAAAAGUAUGAGGAUAGAAUUAAAAAGUUAGAGGAAGAAUGUGAAAGAAAAUUAAAGGCACUGAGAGAUGAAUUAAAGAAUAAAGAAAAUCAAUUCCAAUCUGCAAUGAAAAGUAUAAAAACACAAUAUGACAGAGACGUAAGUAGUGUUAAAAGAGAUCACAAGGAAGGUUUAUCUCGUAUGGAAAGUAUGCACGAAGAAAUUAAAAAAGAAGCUGAAAGAGAUCAUGCUAUGGAAUUAGAUAAUCUAGUAAUGCAGAGAGAUAUAUUAACUGAAGAAGUAAAACGGUCUAAAGAAUGCAUGUGCGAUUUAGAACUCGCUAACAAAGAGCUUGAGAAUCGAUUAAAGAAGGCGACAGCUAAGAAAUCAACAAAGGACAGAGGAAUCACAGCUGGGGUUGACUUGAAAAAGCAUUGCACUUGUCCUUAUGCUGAAACUCAAACAGAAAUGGAUAAGAUUGGUCCUACACCAAGCAUGGGUCAUUUAAUGAAUAAAAUAAUAGCAGGUGGUCUUGAGGCCUUAACGUUUGACGAAUUGAAAGUAUUACAUCAUCGUACAUGUGCUGCUGCUGCCACCGCAAAAGGUUUAAAAAGACGUAGAAGCCGUAAGCGGAGCAGAAGUCGUCGCAAGAGUAGAAGUCGAAGUAAGAGUUGUGGAAUACGUUCUGCUUCUCAAGGAUCUCCUUGCAAUGCUCCAUGUUCCAGGCAAUCAUCAAGGCCAAAUAGUGCUCGUCCUCGCGAACCACGCAGCCGUCCUCGAUCAUCCAGAUCAGCUUCUCCUAGAAGUCCACGUAUUGAACCCAAUUUGGGACGAAAAUUGCUAAUAACGCAACAAUUAACACAGGACAAACUUGCUGAACUGGAAGUUGAAAUGAAUGCUGAAAAAGCUGCUAUUACGGAUUUGCAAGAUAUUAUAAGAACUGAGAAAAUGAAAAAUUUAAAUCUUCGCGAGCAAAUGAGAGCGCGAUCUUGUAGAUGUGCUACGAAUCCGCCAGACAUGGAGCCUCCAGAUAAUUUGGAUGAUGUCCAACGAUGUAAAUGUGCCCUCAUGUCCAUGCGAACUGUGAUGGGAUCUCGAACCGCAAAACCAAGAAGAAAAUCAAGAAAGCAUUCUUCAUCUCCACCAUGUAAAUGUCCUGCGCCGACAUGUUUUGCACCUCCCUGCGGACAACAAGGACCUUGCCCUGGACCAAAGGGUGGUGUAUCACAGAUUUAUACCGCAUUCACAAGAAUGGCGAUGCCAACAGAGACUGAUCAAGAUAUAGAACGCAAAGAUAGUUUUAUUACAAAAGCCGCAGUAAAUGUGAAACGUCCAAUGUAAAACAAGCAG